AUGGGUUUAAAAAUCAUCAUUUUCACAUUAACUCAUAUAAGAAGGUCGGUCGUGUUGAAAUAUUCUACCUCAGAGAAAAGUAGUACAAAUAUGGGAUUAACUUUCGGUUGGGGAACUACAAUACCGAAAUCUUCCCUGGUUCGAUGCUCUGUCAAAACUGUUCGCUUACAAUCUUUUUCAACAUCAUCUAAUUAUCUGAUUGCAUCUUCAGUUCGCGAUGAACGAUAUCGUACCCAUCGACAUCAUCUUCCUCGAUUCAAAGGAGUACUCAUCUAUCUGCAUCUUGAUGAGACAUUGCAUGAGAAUAGGCAAAUUAGGAAUGAAAUUAUGACGAAUGGUGGAUUAGUUGUAUCCAACAUGACACAAGCAACACAUAUCAUAGUCAAUCCAGCUGAGCAAAACUUACCGGACGUAGCUGAAAACCAGUUUUUAGUUUCGUCACAAUGGAUCCAUGUGAGCCGAGACCUGAAUUGGUGUGCGGAUGAGCAACAGUUUAUCUUAAAGAAGUAUCGCAUUCGAAGAGGUACAGCUCGCCGUCGCUUGACCUUUACGGGCUAUAUACGAGGGCAAGGACACUGCCGUGAUUCGGCAACUAAAUACAAGCGGUACCAGCUGUGUCAAGAACUUUACAGCUCAGAAAUACGCUGCUUACAAAUGAUGGAUUUCUUAGUACGAAUAAGUACCGAUAAUUAUCUGACAAAUGAACAUAAUUUAAUAAUUUUUGGAAGUUUCCUCUCAAUGAAGACAAUCCAUUCCGAAUUAGUUGAGAAAAUUGGCAGAAUUCUCAAUACAUGGGAUGAUGACAGUAUGAUUGGCAAUAUUUUUGUAGAAAUAGCCGGAGACAUGGAACGCAGUUAUUUGGAAUAUUUCCAACAUUUAGAAAUUUGUCAGGAAACAUUCAAAGAAUGUAAACACAGAAACAGCCGAUUCAGAUCGUUCAUUGAGGUGAAAGAACAAGAUCGAUCACUCGAUAAGCAAAAGAUAGAAUAUCUGUUCAGCAUACCAUAUCAGCAAUUAACCAGCAGAAUACUAGUGACCUUAAAAGCUAUUCAUGAAAAGACUGACAAAACUUCAUCUGACUACAUCUGCUUACUAGCUGCCAUCGAGGCUGUUGAUCAGAUUUUGAGAAAAUGCAACGACUCUAAGAAGAAAACAACAGAAAGUCGACUAAUUCUUAAACAAAUCAAAAAUUUACCGGCUUACGUCAUAUGCUCCAGAGGCAUUUUUUUAGAACAGCAUACAUUCCGAUGUGUCUUACCAGAGAAAGAAAACAAGCUGUCCCAACUAAUUCAGUUUUACUUGUUUGAUGAUUCUCUCAUAAUAGCUAGGCGGCUUAAUCAAGCUUCAUGCGUAACGUUGAGCCUGACAAAAACGAAAGAAUCAAAAAAGACAGACUUCAAUGACUUUUAUCCAUUGUCUGGAAUUCGAGAAGUCUGUCUGUUAUCGGAUGGCCCUUCGAAAGCUUUCGUUCUGACUUUACGAAACGUGCAGGAUACACAAUGGUAUUUGGAUGUAAUUGAUAGUUUGGAGGACUCAAUUCAAUUCAUGAACAAACUUGUUGAUCAUGUUAACAAGAUAUGUAACAAUAGACAGCUCGAACUAUCCUCCGAUUCAAGCACUAACGAGGUUUACAAGAGAGAAUGGCUAGAGCGUUCCGAUAGUUACAGGGCAAGAUCACCUGCUCGCACCUUAUCCAGCAUCAGCAAUAGCAUCCGGCGUACACUAUCUUUCAAUUCGAAAAAUCACAGUCGACGCAGAGAACGAAGCAUGAUAGAUUGCAAGUCUGCCCCGAGUAUUUCGUACCCUCCCGAUGUACAUCUGUCAUGGGAAGAUGAUAACUGUGAGAACAAUGAACUGGUGAAUCCUUAUGAUGGAAUCAAACACUUCACUCCAUACCCUAACAUAUCGAAACGUGAACGCUCUAUACUCGAUGAUUGCUGUUAA